AAUUUUUGCUGACUAAUGGUACUAAAUGCUAUAUUUUUUCUUCCCUCCCUCCUUUUAGUUUUUCCUUGGUUUGGCUUGGAUAUCGGAGGGACCUUGGUCAAGCUUGUUUACUUUGAACCAAAAGACAUCACUGCUGAAGAGGAGGAGGAAGAAGUAGAAAAUCUUAAAAGCAUUCGAAAAUACCUGACCUCAAACGUUGCCUAUGGAUCGACAGGCAUUCGGGAUGUGCACCUUGAACUAAAGGACCUUACGCUGUGUGGACGUAAAGGCAAUCUGCACUUUAUACGCUUUCCUACUCAUGAUAUGCCUGCUUUUAUUCAAAUGGGCAGCGAGAAACACUUCUCAAGCCUCCAUACUACCUUAUGUGCCACAGGAGGUGGAGCAUACAAAUUUGAGCAGGACUUUCGCACAAUGGGUGACCUUCAGCUUCGCAAGCUAGAUGAACUUGACUGCCUUAUUAAGGGAGUACUGUACAUUGAUUCUGUUGGAUUUAAUGGACACUCAGAAUGCUACUAUUUUGAAAAUCCAACUGAUUCAGAAAAAUGUGAGAAGCUCCCGUUUAACUUGGAGAAUCCAUAUCCUCUCCUGUUGGUGAACAUUGGCUCAGGGGUCAGCAUCUUGGCUGUUUAUUCCAAAGACAACUACAAGCGAGUAACUGGGACCAGUCUUGGAGGGGGAACCUUUUUUGGCCUCUGCUGUCUUCUCACAGGCUGCUCCACCUUUGAAGAGGCUCUUGAAAUGGCAUCCCGUGGCGAUAGCACAAAAGUGGACAAACUUGUGCGGGACAUCUACGGAGGGGACUACGAGCGGUUUGGGCUGCCAGGGUGGGCAGUGGCAUCCAGCUUUGGAAACAUGGUGAGCAAGGAGAAGAGAGAGUCUGUCAGUAAAGAAGACUUGGCCAGAGCAACAUUAAUAACAAUCACCAACAACAUUGGCUCCAUAGCACGGAUGUGUGCCCUUAACGAGAACAUUAAUCGGGUGGUUUUUGUUGGCAAUUUCUUGCGGAUCAAUACAAUCUCAAUGAGACUUCUAGCUUACGCAUUGAAUUAUUGGUCCAAGGGACAGUUGAAAGCCCUUUUCUUGGAACACGAGGGUUAUUUUGGAGCAGUUGGUGCUCUUCUGGAGCUGUUGGAUACAGCCUGAUAUCCUUCGAACACCAUGUUGGACCCAUACUGCAGGGCCUUCUACACCGUUGGAGCACCCAUGUUUAGUUUGUUUUUUAAAGCAUCUUAUUCAGUGAUUGUUGAGAGAAUCGUCCAUGACCCAAUCAUUCUGGGAUCGAAAGGACUCUUGUAUCUUUUGUGAAACUGAGAACAAUCCUGAAACAUUUUGACAUAGACUUGUUCAUGAGAAAUACAUACGCAAGUGUGUGGACCGACUGUGUUGGUUGUCCCCACAGGUGUCCAAAAGACUUUUUUUGUUUCUUUUACUCUGAGUAGCACCCUCUGCCUUACUUGUUAUAUACGUUGUGCUACUGUAAGCAAGGUGGCUGUGGGAGGAACUUGCACUAUUGUGUUCUCAAGGCUACUCUAAGUGCUUAAUGUCCGUAUUGUUAGCUUCCUGUGUUUCAGAUAUACUGUGUGUAUAGAUGAUUUCAAAGGGCUUGCUUAAAUUUCAUAAUAAUAUUGAAUAGUGAAGUAACUACACCUGGAAAAAAACAAUCACAGACCUGAAAUAUGAGAACUGGAUUCUUUCUCUCUUCUGAACACUAAUGACCUAUAAAACACCACUGCAUUAUCAGUAUUGCUUUAUUUUCUGAGUAGAGUUGCUUACAUGUGCACAUAUCUACACUGGUAAAGAAAUGAAGUGAAAUGAAUGGCUUGAGAAUGGCCUACUGUAGACAGGCUGCCAUUUGUAUCCUUUGGAAGCGUUUUAGGCAGAUCAGAAAUUCCUUCAGACUCAAGGGUCAAACCAUUUUAAUGCAUUGUUGAAGUGCAGCAAAAGUUGCUUAGAAGCUGCUGAAACAAAUUUAGAAAUGUUUAAAAAUGACCUUUUUUUU